UUGGCAGUAAAAAAAAGCGCCGCUACCUACACGCACAGCUCAGCUGCACGCAGGGGGGCCAUGGACAACAAGCCGGCGCAAGAACGCCGGGAGACGCGGGUCCCGGGCGCCGUCAUCGUCGGCGCGGGCCCGUCGGGGCUCGCCGCGGCCGCGUGCCUCGCGGCGCGGGGCGUGCCGGCGACGGUGCUCGAGCGGUCCGACUCGCUGGCGUCCUCGUGGCGCCACCGCAUGUACGACCGUCUCACGCUCCACCUGCCCAAGCGCUUCUGCGAGCUGCCGCUCCUCCCGUUCCCGGAGGAGUACCCUACGUACCCGUCCAAGGACCAGUUCGUGGCGUACAUGGAGGCGUACGCCGCGGCCGUGGGCGUCGCGCCGCGAUUCGGCGCCAGCGUCGAGGAGGCCGCGUUCGACGCUGCCGUCGGCGCAUGGAGGGUGCGUCUCGCCUGCGGGGAGGUGGUCAUGGCACGGUGGCUUGUCGUCGCGACGGGGGAGAACGCUGAGCCGCGGCUGCCGGACUUCCCUGGCAUGCAGAAGUUUGCCGGGUGUGUCAUGCAUACUUCCGAGUACAAGUCCGGCGAGCAGUUCGCCGGGAAGAAGGUGUUGGUCGUGGGAUGCGGGAAUUCCGGCAUGGAAGUGAGCUUGGAUUUGUGCCGGCAUAGUGCCCAUCCCUCCAUGGUGGUGCGCAACACGGUGCAUGUCCUACCAAGGGAGAUGUUUGGUCUCUCCACGUUUGGCAUCGCCAUGGCUCUGCUCCGUUGGCUACCGGUUCAGCUCGUCGACCGGUUCCUCCUCACGGCGGCACACCUCAUCCUCGGCAACACGGGGCAGCUCGGCCUGAGGCGGCCCAAGACUGGGCCCAUCGAGCUCAAGAACCUCACCGGCCGGACACCCGUACUGGACGUUGGGACGCUAGACCACAUCAAAUCCGGCAAAAUUAAGGUAGUGGGAGCAGUGAAGGAGAUGACGGGGCAAGGGGUCAGGUUCGCAGAUGGUAAGGAGGAGCAGUUCGACGCAAUAAUACUCGCCACAGGCUACAGGAGCAACGUGCCAUCCUGGCUCAAGGAUGGCGGUGACUUGUUCACGAGGGAUGGCAUAUCCAAGGUCCCCUUCCCUAACAGCUGGAGAGGGCGUAAUGGUCUCUACACAGUCGGAUUCACGCAGCGGGGGCUCCUCGGCACGUCGUCGGACGCCCUCAACGUCGCCAAAGAUAUACAUUACCAAUGGAGAGAAAGAGGCCGGUCUGCUAUUAAUGUACUUGAAAUAGGCAGCUCUUCUUUUUGAUUCGAUGGGAAAUGUACAGUGUUUGGGGGUAGAAAUACUGUAUUAUGUGCAUAUAAUUAUAACACCUUGGUUCUUCCCUUUUACCAACAACCCCGACGAUCACUUGCU